GGCCUUGAAAGUGGGACCAUUCCAGAUUCUAGCCUGACAGCGUCUAGCAUGUGGAAGGCCAAUCAUGGACCAAAAAGAGCGAGACUGAACUUAGUUCAAGUCCGUUCUCUGAGUGGAGCCUGGUCAGCAGGAGUGAACGAUGUUAACCAAUGGAUACAGGUUGAUCUGUUAACCCCGCAUCGAAUCUUUAGAUUGGCAACGCAAGGUCGUCAGAAUUGUUGUCCACAAUGGGUAACUAGCUUCAAGAUUGCCUGCAGUAUUGAUGGAGUUUCCUUUGAAACAGUACAAGACCUCGGCAUCCCCUGCAUCGAAAAGGUCUUCGAUGGCAAUAUUGACCAGGACACUGUGGUAAACAACACGUUGCCCGUGCCUCAAGUCUGUCGCUAUGUCCGCCUGCUACCCCUGACCUGGCAUGGGCAUAUCAGCCUCCGUAUGGAGCUCUAUGGAACAGCUCAUGUGACCGUCUUCAAACGAUCCGCAGUAUAUAGACUUGUUGCCAAUGACCGGGCACUCACUGACACUCACUCAUCCCACGAAGACGUGACGUCCGUCAUUAGGUGCGGUCAACUUUGUCUCGAAGAUGGACCGUGCAAGUGUUUCACGUACAUUAAACGCACGGGAGUGUGCUUGCUGGGACAAAUUUUAACCACUGAGAUACAUUAUGAGGCAUCAACUUAUAGCUGCUGACUUUCGAUUCAUAUCCUUAUUUUUUUAUUCUUGAAACCAUGCCCAUAAAAGUUAAAAGAUCUAAAGAAAUAUCUAAAGAAAACCUGUUAAUCGACCGAGAAGAAGAGAGAAAACAUUUG